AUGUCAGGAUAUAAAUAUGAUGAGGAAGGUGGCCAGUUCACGACGUUUGCACUGACGGCCUUCCUUGCCUUUAUGGUGCCGUAUACGUACCGCUCUCUCCGACCCAAGCGCGAUCCAGCGAUUAUCCAUGGCUGGCUGGACCAGCGUGGCCACAAGCACAGUCAUGUUCAAAAGCUCAUGCGCACGUCGCCCAUCUCGUCGAUCGUGCGUGGCUUGAUUCUGGUGUGUGGCUGGGCUGCCGUGGCAUAUUUGUUCCAGCGCGUCAUUCAAGUGGCCAAGAACUCUGGCUUUGUUGCAUACGAUCCAUUUUCGAUUCUCGGCAUUGCCACCUCUGCAACGGAGCGUGAAAUCCGCCGCCAGUAUCGCCGUCUGAGCUUGGAGUUCCAUCCCGACAAAGUGAGCAGUGACUCGAAUAAGACCAAAGAAGAGAUUGAAUCCCACUAUAUCGAGAUUACCAAAGCGUACAAGUCGCUUACCGAUGAAGCUACGCGUAAGAAUUAUGAGGAAUACGGCAACCCGGAUGGCCGCCAAGAAAUGACCAUGGGUAUUGCGCUGCCGACGUGGAUUGUCGACAGCAAACACAAUGUGCUCGUGCUUCUGGUGUACGGCCUCAUCUUUGGUGUGGGUCUGCCUCUUCUUGUCGCGCGCUGGUGGUACGGUUCGCGUUCGCGAACAAAAGACGGCGUCCUCAACGCCACAGCGCUUUCGUUCUUUUUGCGUCUGAAGCCUAGCACCCAUGUGGAUGACAUUCCACGCAUGAUGGCUGAAACGGAAGAGUUUUCCAAAGACUUUGUGGAUCGCUUGCGUGAGAGGGAUUUGCCUGCGUACAAUGAGCUUGAGAAGCGCACAUUGAAUGCAUAUCGUGAGCUGCGUGAUGCCGACCUGGUGACAAACGACGUGCCAGAGAACGUGCGCCGCGCCUUGGUUCUUCUCACAGCGUACCAAUACCGUAUCGACUCGGGUAAUGCUAAUGUGGAACAAAUCAAGCUGGAGAUGGGCCAUUAUGCCGAAAAGAUGCUUAUGAGCCUGUUGGCCAUAAGCACUGCUCAUAACCGUCUCGAACAGUCGAACGAAAUUCGUCACCUGCUUCCUCACUUUGUGCAAGCUGUCCCACUCCACGGCGGCCGUGUGUCGGAGCUUCUCCAGCUGCCUUACAUGACACUGUCGCUGGCCAAGUCGCUCGUGCCCCUUGAGGCCGUUGUCAAGCAUGGCUUGCAGGGUUUGUGGAAAGUACCUGAUGCAGAACGUCGUGCUAUUCUUAUGCGUGACAAGGACGGCUUGACUGAGGAACAAUACACCACGUGUAUGCGUGCAUUGGGCGAAUGGCCGCGCCUUGAGUUGGUGGACGCGUACUAUACCGUGGUGGGCGAGGAGCAAGUGAACGCUGGCUCCCUCAUGCACCUCGUCUUAAAGUUGCGUCUGCUUCCAUUGAAGCGGGACGGCUCGCUCCUUCGCAAUGGACGCCGUCUUGAUGCACGCGACAAAAAGUAUGGCGAAGACUGUGUGCGUCCCGGCACACUGGAGGCAGAUACGCUCAACGAAGCCAAUGCCGGUCGCGAGCCCAUGGGCUACGUCCAUGCGCCGUACUUUUUGGAAGAGCGUGUGCCUGGUUGGUUCAUGCAGAUGGGCGAUCCCAAAUCUGAUCAUCUUAUCAUGUCGCCGACUCGCUUUGGUGACAUGAGCACUACGCAACUACGUAUCGUCACGGCACCCAUCAUUGCGCCGCCCGAGUCAGGUGUCUACACUUUCCAAGUCGAGGUCAACUCCGACUCGUACCUGGGUUCGCGUGUCGUCAAGGUCAUGAAACUGACGGUGUCGGAGCCCAUCGUGCCUCGACCCGAUGAGGAGGACGAGAUUUCCGACCCUGAAGAGGAUACCAUUGCGGGUCAGAUGGCCCUCAUGCGUGGCGAGCGCGUGAAGCCCUCUAAUGUCGUAUACGAGGACGACGAUGACGAGGACGAGGACGACGAUGAAGGCGACGAUGACGACGAAGAAGAUGACGCACGUCCUCACGACGAUAGCGACUCGGAUUCAGACUAG